UCGCUGAAGAAAGGAGAUAUCCCAGCCCAGGCAAGGGGUGCCACCACGUAUGAUAUACUCCUCUCUAUUCAUUUAUUGUCUCCUGCAUCCUGCAGGCUCAGCCUCGCGAUCUGCGAAAUUACAACAGGCACGCAGAUGAUUAUCUGCCAACGCGUCACACCGUCGAGAGUUUAACUAUCCCUAUGCGGCAAUUUAUAUUCCCCUUGCUGUUAAGAAAAUAUAAGCAUUAGAUUCCUCGGCACAAGCUAAUGGUUGAUAUCUGAAAUUGUCAAGCGAACUCACUCAACUAGAGCCCGGAGCAUUCCAGAAUUAUGUUGAUAAUUUCGAAGACGAAGCAGAAACAAAGACCCUUAGGCUCCAUUCCCGAUGUGCUUUUUCAAAUCAUUAUCAAUGGAGAUGUUGGUGCAGUAUUGACACUCUGUUUGGUAAACAAGGCAACCUAUGAAGCUAUCAAAUUGCUUGAACCACACAUUUGCCGGUGGUUAAUGCGCAUCCAUGGCGUCAGCACAUUUGACCCUGUGCUCACCUUGAAUCCGCGGACGGGUGAACAGAGGACACUGACGGUACACAAUCUGUCAGGAUUUCUUGAGCGCCAGGUCAUUGCACACAAGCUAGCGUGCCAGAUUGUCCCCUCAGUAUGGGGUCCCUUCCCAGACGAGGAAAGCUCAAAAAUGAACUAUCAGGCAGAGGAAAAGCUCGUUCAGCGACUAGAGCGAGGGCUGUACGUACUUUUCCACAUGGCUGAUAUUGCCCGCGACACAUACAAAACAAAGCAAAGGAUAAACCCUCUGGUUCCGGACGUUACCGGCCGCCUUUUGGUGCUUACUAGGAUGCUGGAAGAGUACCACGAGAUCCCGCGAAACAAGCGUUGUCUGACGUCCUUUCAAGAGUAUGCCAGCCACGCUUAUACAGUCUUAAAGUGGGGUUAUAGAGAAGUAGAUAUCGGCAGGAGACGACUCAAAUUCAGAGGCUACCUUGAUGAGCAGACAGAGAUUGAUUUCCACACCACACUCCGAAUGCUGCGGGAGCUUACGGAGAGGAUGCUUCUCCGACAUGGUCCCAGAGACUGGCAUCGGGAUGCGAGAAACGAAUACAGCGUGAUCUCAUGGUUUCUGCUGAAGCAAUCGCCACGAUCCCUAGCAAAGCUCCUCCUAAGCCCACAGGACGAGUGCUGUGGUCUGGAGGAGAAAGCUUCCGAUUCCAGUGUAAGACAAUGUCAUUUCUCAGACCCACUCGAUGAUUACUGGAAAGCUUGGAAGAAUGUCCCAGACUUGGGCUGCCGGACCUGUGACUGCAAGCGACGAGUGAAAAGCUGGAGUGUGAAACCAGCAUUGAUUGAUGAUCGAGGCCGACAAUACAACCGCGCUGCAGAGAAAUAUUUGAAAGAGAUGUGGACACAAAGACACGCCGGCCUUCACCAAGUUUUUACGAUGGGCUAUUUCAACAUUGUUUUAUAAUGACUAGAUGAGCGAUAAUCAGUUUCCUAUACCAGAUUGAAAAUAUGAACCGAGAGUUAAUGAAAUGAUGGUCAUCAGAGCUGUAACGCAAGGAGGUUAGAUAGGCCCCACCGCCUUCCCAUAGCGCCGCCCCAGAUUACCGCUUCUACCACCGCCUGGGAUUCACCUGGAAUGUCCUCAAAGUC